AUGCCGAGACAUCAAUUUGAGCCGUUGUUCGAGGAUCUCGAGGGAGUGGUCUUAGUGGUACCUGCCAUUUCAACACUGUGUCCAGAUUGGCCGCUUGGCAUCAAUCCACACCUCGAGUCCAUACAGGAGGAAUUCUUCAAUUGGGUGAAUCAUUGGUUCAAGGAGGAGAGAAUUCGGAAGAAAAUCGCUGAACUGAAUGCACCGGGUUUCGCUGCCAUGAACUAUCCCGGUGCAGCCAGGGAACAGCUACUUACGAUGGCUAAAUUAAUCGCUUGGUACUUUCCUUGGGAUGAUGCUAUCGACGAUGGGUCAUUAUACCACAUGCCCGAAGCUAUUAUGCGUUACCGUGACGAGACGAUUGCUUUAGUGGAGCAAAGUCUUUCAUGGAACCAUGAACCACAAGAAAAGCCCCACCCCAAUCCAGCCAUCCAAAGCUUCUGGGACCUGGGUGUUGAUAUCCGCGCAAGAGGCACGCAUGCAUCUACUAACUUCGGCGGUACUCUAGAAGCCAAUGAGCAGUUCAGAUGGGCUCAGUGCGCUUUCAUUACGUCCAGUGUUCAGGGCCAGGUGGAUCGAGAGCUUACUGAACCUGUUCUUGUUGAGCAAUAUCUCACACGCCGGGAGAAGAAUAUUGCUGUCUUCCCUCUCCUUUCGCUGAUAUACUACAAUUACCAGUUGGCGAUCCCCCAGGAAUUUUCAUUCAAGGAGAACAAGCAUAUGAACCUAAUGUGGAGGCUUUUAGCCCGGAUGGGGAUCAUAAGUAAUGAUAUGCUUUCCCUCCGGCGAGAAAUUAUGCACGGCCAGUUCGAAAGUCUCAUUCCACUACUCAUGUACCACAAUAACCUCCAGGCUCAAGAAGCCAUGGCCAUCGCAGGAGACAUGCUGCAUGAAUGCUAUAUCAAAUUCAAUGAGGUAGAAGUAGAGCUAUACAAGGAGAUUCCAGUAGACUUCCAAACGACGAUGAACCGUUACGUGAAAGCAUGUAAAGACUUGAUUGUAUGCAAUCUGCAUUGGAGUUACGGUCUCAAGCGAUAUAUUGACGAGGGCAUGUUACAGCCUGACGGAAGGGUCGUUUUUCCAAUCAGGUUACCACCAAAAAUCGCCGACGUCAAAAAUAGAAAUAGUGUAGUUAGCGCGGAACGCAAAACUACGAUGGGCCACAAAGAAAGCAAACGUAGAACGACGUUGCAAAAAUUCACAUUUGGAUGGUCUUCGGUUAUCCGCAGGGCCAUCGUUCCUAUUGGCUUGGGAAUAGUAGCGAUGUUUGCAAAAGAGGCAAUAUCGAUGCUCCGUCGCCCUAGCAGAUGUUAA